CCUCUGCUAUAUUAAAUAUUAAAAAUAUCCAGAAUUUUCAUUGGAAAAACUAAGAAUAUUUGCUUCAUAUUUAGAUGUAAUGAAUAACGAUUGGUUAAGCACGAAAACCUUUAGAUCCCUGAACGCAUCUUUUCAGAUGGCUUUCACUUCCGGUGUGAUGAUAGACACAGACCCUUCACGCCGCAACCGGCAGGAGCUCCAAAAAAAGAAACAGUUUAGACCGCGUUACUUUAGAUCUGGAAGUCGUUCAUAAAAUCUAACAUUUACAUGACAUCAGUACACUUCUUCUCCGCCCCUGAAGACUUGUCACUUCCGGCACCUUGACACGUUUGCUAGUGCUGCUCCUCUCGUUUGCUAGCAUUAGCCUGGCGUCACUUCCUACAUUUGAAAUCCGCGGCCACGAACAUAAGUUACCAAACGGUGAUGGAGCUACAAGUGGUCUCAGAACCCAUGACACUGGGUUCCCCCACCUCUCCGAAGCCCACCCCGGGCGCUCAGUUCCUUCCAGGCUUCCUGAUGGGUGACCCGCCUGCACCUGCAAGCCCGCAGCCCCGCCCCUUCAGCCUGUCCACGCCCAUUUUGGAGAGCACAAGUGCCCUUAAAGGUGCAGGAAGCUCCGCACCUCAGCCUGUGGUACCCACCCCAAAGGACAAGAGUGGAGCCCCGCCUGUUCGCAGCAUCCACGAUGAGCUGGUUACCCUGGGGACGCCUCUGAGCGCACACAGGCACGUUGGUAGUGUGGGGACACCUCUGAGCACACACAGGCAGUCUUUUUCCAUCAUGCAGUCUCCGGCGUCAGCACGGCAGGCGUCCACACCAGGUGUGCAGCCGGUGUGCAUGUCUCCAGCACAGGUGGACCCUUUCUACAGUCAGGGAGAGUCUCUGUCUUCUGAAGACCAGCUGGACCAGACCUGGGUCACUGUCUUUGGAUUUCCUCCAGCCUCCGCCUCCUACAUUCUCUUGCAGUUUGCUCAGUAUGGAAACAUCCUCAAACACACGAUGGCGUCUCCUGGCAACUGGAUGCAUCUUCAGUAUCAGUCCAGACUGCAGGCCAGGAAAGCUCUGUCCAAGGAUGGCAAAGUGUUUGGAGAUGCAAUCAUGGUGGGAGUCAAACCCUGCAUCGACAAGAGUGUGAUGGACAACAGCGAGUUCGCCGCCUCUCCUCUCCCCAGCUCCGCCCUCCCGUCUACCCCCCGCUCCGCCAUCAGGCCGCUCAGCGCCACCUACAGGAACUCGGGCAGUGACUACCAGGUGGUGGCGGACAGACAGACCCCCAGGAAGGAUGACAGCUUUGUUUCCAAGGCUAUGGAGUACAUGUUUGGUUGGUGACAUCACUGGAUACCUGAUGCUGAUUGGAUGGAUGAAUGCUGUGUGUGUGUGAGGAGGAUUCUCUUCUUUUAUAAUGUGAUUUUUAAUGUGUCUUGUUUCAAUAAAGUUUCUACACGACGAAGUGGGAGUGUUCUCUGAGUAGCCACCAGAGGGCACUGUAGGUCUAUUAGUAUGCAACAUAGGAAGCCUGGACAGGAACAACAUACUCCUCAUCCACGUGGGAUUGUUGCUUGGUUGAAAGGUAAAUAUUGGUGACACCUUCAGAGAUUGCCCUCUAGUGGCCUCAGGAGUUACAGUAGAGGAUGUGACCUUUGACCUGCAUGAGUGGGAAAGUGCAGGCAGCUGCAGAUGAGACAACGGUUUCAUUCUGCUGCGUCCACCUCUGUGCAUGAGUAAAGCAGUGUGUUGUGUUGGAAAUAUGAUUCAGCAGUUUAGCUGAAACUAAUUUGAAAAAGUUCUCCUUUGUAAAAAAACAAAAAAACAUUGCUUAUGCGUCAGAAAGUUGCUACAACACAAAUAUUUAGAGGAAAGUUCAGUUUCACAUCUCAAAGUUUGUUGUGACAAUCAAAGUCUUGUUCCCACAGUUGUCAUGGGAAACGUAGACAGGAAGGACAUUUUUCAACAUUCAUUGGACGCUAUUUAUACACACAGCACGCUGACCUUUCACCUCGGUGAAUCAGCACAUUGACUUUUUCCAAGAACAGCGUGAAUGCAUGGUGAAUCCAAACGUUAAGAUAUUUGACUCAACAUUCCAAAGGCUACAUCCCAUAAUAGUAAGACUCUUCAACUGGCGAAGAACAAGAAGAUGUUUAAGGAGGGAGAUGUGCGGCCCAUUAGCCUGUGGACACAACAGAUGCUUUGCUCCGCAGGCGUGCUGCGUCUGUGUUGCCGUGGCAACGCCCGCAGUCAUGCCAGCUGUUCUACUUCCUGGGGUCAACAUCAACUGGAUUGGAUGUCAGCAUUCUCCUUAGGUCCUUGCUGUGUCUCAAAUGGAAUACUUCUGUCAGUACACUUCUGUAAGUACGCUGUGUACUUGAGUGUAUUCCUGAGUGCGCCAAUUUUGACAAAGUCGUUGGACACUUACAGGACAUGACAUAGAAAUAUUUAUCCGCUUCUUUGUCUUCUCUCUUUUUCAAUGGUGAAUUCCACUCAAGUUAUUUUUUUUCCCCCUUCCACUGCAUAGACAUGGUGGUGACCAUUGAGGGUGGUAAGUGUCCAUCACUGUGAACUGACAAUUUUGGCCUUUUUUAGUCUAACAUCCUGGUACCGACACAGUCCACUGCAUUUUGCUGUACUUCCCAGCGUGAACCCACGUAUUCACUCAAAAGACUAAGUGUAAGUACAAAUAACAGGAAGUGCAGGCCCCUCACAUCCUGUCUCACUUCCUGUGUUCUUGACUCGUUGAUUGUCAUGGAAACUUGUUAUCUCCGGAACUAGAAAGCGUUUAGAGGAUUGCUUAGAGGAUUGCUUUUGACGCCGGUCAUCUUCGAUGCCCUAAACUCGACGGUCAUCAUCCAAUGAGAAGGCAGAGUGGCCCCCAGUGUGACAUUCGCUCAUUAGGAGGGACGACAUGUGACCAGGCGUCAAGUGACUCCCUGUCAGCCCCUCCUCAUACAAUGUGUCAUGGGUUCAAGGUCACUGAGGACUACACCGUACCUCCCUCACAAAUCCCUCCAUAAGCUUCAAAUCGUCCAGAAUUCAGCCGCCGCAUCAUCACCCGAACCCCUUCUUUCCAUCACAUCAUCCCCAUCCCGCGGCGCCUCCGUUGGCUCCCUGUCACAUCCAUCCAUCCAUCCUCUGUGCCGUUUAUCCUCACUGGGGUCUGUCCACCUCACCGUCCCACCUGCUCUCCUCAGCACCAUGGGUUGCAGAGCUUCCAGCCUCUCUGCUCCCAAACUUUGGAACUCUCUCCCACCGGACAUUUGUUGUUAUGUGUGCGCUGCUUUUAAGUGGAUCUAUGUGCCGCUUCCUUGGGUUCCUUGCAUUAUUAUUAUUAGCAUUAUUAAAAGACACAAUGACUGUGUACUACCACACCCCCCAAGCAGUGAUGUCACAGAGCGGCACGGGUGGCGAGUUUCACACACACACACACAAUUUAGCAAACUUUCAAAGUAAUCAAGUUGUUUCUAUCAUUUAUCAUAUUGAUUUUUUUUUUACAUCAAAUUGGGUAAAAUACACAAGUACAUUGUUUUUUUGUUGAUUUUUUUGUGUGUUUUCUUUCACUGCAUUGUUUAAUAAAGCACUUUUUACUGACAACCACAUCUUUUCCUCUCUGCCAAUGUGUAUGUGUGUGUGA